CAAGGGCCCAUAUAGCCGAGGCGGUAAACGCACGGGUAUUCAGCAUGACCAUGCUGAGGGUGACGGGUUCGAUUCCCGGUCGGUCCAGGAUCUUUUCGUAAAGGAAAUUUCCUUGACUUCCUUGGGCAUAGAGUAUCUUCGUGCCUGCCACACGAUAUACACAUGCAAAAUGGUCAUUGGCAGAGGAAGCUCUCAGUUAAUAACUGUGGAAGUGCUCAUAGAACACUAAGCUGAGAAGCAGGCUUUGUCCCAGUGAGGACGUUACGCCAAGAAGAGAGAGAGAGAGAAGGCCAAGAAACGUCAAAAUCCCAUACAAAAUCAAAACAAUGCAGUGCCCUAUAUCCACAGCGGUAGUAUUUUUUUUUUUUGCUUUUUCGUGAGCAUUGUCAUGGUAUGUACACAGACAAACAAACGUAACACUGGCGAAAUUUUCAUUGACCAUGGCUUUAACGAUCAUUUUAAAUCUUGGUUGUGGCUUUCAUAACCAGAAGCGCGCACAUCGUUUUUCUUUGCGUUUAAGGUGAAUAUAUAACGAAGCCACACCUUAAAUUUUCAAGAGCACAAAUCUGAUGAACCGAAUGUCAGUUUGCCCUGAAAAGUUGAUCGAUUGGUCACCACCAGCGGGUUACCAAUCGAUCAACUUUUCAGCGCAAACCAACUUUCGGUUCUUCAGAUUUGUGCUCUUGAAAAUUUGAGGUGUGGCUUCGUUAUAUAUUCACCUUAACGUUUCACACUAGCACCUUCAGUGUUUCGUGAAACAUUUCCACCACCAGGUGGUGGUAGUGUGAACUGGACGAUGGAUUUUCACGAAAAUUAUUCUAGGUGUUUCGUCUGUUUGUGGUAUGUACCUCUCAUGCAUUUGUUGUUGUUGAAGUUACUCGCUUUCUUCCGAUCAUAAAGUCUGUUCUCUAAGAGGUAUUUUUUUGCAGAUAAACUAGACGUAUACGUUCACUUAAAACUUUUAUUUUUCAGCUUUUGUCUUAAAAAUAAGGUUUCUGCCAUGACACGUUUCAACACUAUUAAGAGAUUUUUCACCAGCCGCGUACAAUAAAAAGUAUGACACUAUCAAUAUUUUUGAUCACAACACUGGAUCGCGUCUAAGUUUUUUAAUAGAUACUAUAGUAAUUAUGAAUAAUCAAAUUAAAAUAUCAUGAAAACAACUUGUUUAAUUCAGGCGGUAGCCUUUACAAUAAAAUCAGCAUCAAACUAUAAUUCUCGAAAUAAUUUACACAGAAAAUAGUUCUUUUUGUUACUCAAUCUAAAAAUUGUGAAAUGUUUUAAAUGUCAUAACUUUUUUGUUUAUUAGUUUACCAUCACCAAAUUUUUAUGUUAGAUAGUUAAUAUAAUUGACCGUUUCCCCUAAAAAAAUAACGUUGGUAAAAAGAUAGGGUUUUGAGAUAUUUGAGUUUAUGUGACAAAAAAUAUUUUUUUAAUGUAAAAAAAAAAAGAUUUUUUUUGCAGUGUAUAUUUUUUUGGGAACCACAAUUUAGUUAUCUAAUUUGCUGAAAAAUUUAUAACAAUCGGACAAUCCGUUUUUGCUGUACAGCUUUUUGAUUAUUUUUGAACCAUUUUCGCAUACACCCUUUUGAAAAGUUAGUCGUGACUGAAUAUGAAGAUUUGAUAUCGAAAAAUAGCGAUUUAGAUAAUAUUGAAAAACUGUGCAAAGUUUCAGAUAUUUUUGAAAUGGUCGCUCAGGAUCGACUAACAUGACUCCGUGGAAUUCCUCAGAAAGAAAAAUCUGACAAGAUCAUGCUGAAUACCCGCGCCCUUACCGCAUAGCAUAUGAUGGCCUAUUCGAAUCUUAUUCUAGCUCAUUUGCCGUUGUUUCAUCUGGCAAGGAUGAAGAGGAAUGAAAGUACAACAUCACUAAUUUCUCCACUUACACCAAAUUUACAGAACAUUCUGCCCAUAGAACUACUCAGAAAAAUCACCCAAGCGGAAAACCAAAUCAACUCCCCGACGACGCAUUAGCAUACAUUUACAUAGUAUAUAAUCUCUUUCUCUCGGUAAUAUCGAGGCAGAAAAGAAUUUACGAUUCAAGACGGAGGUCACGGAUGGUUUUGAGUCUUUGUGUACGACGGCAACGAGCAAGACUGUUGUCUAUUUAGCAAGGCAAAUAUGAAAUACACCGCCUGUUGAUAAAUACCACCAGGGUCGAGUUUCGUUACUACGGAAUACGGAUGGUUGACUGUUGCCUGUUAUGAUAGUGCCACACCCAAAGAUAAUGGCAAGGAUUAAGGAUUAAAGUACAAAGUGGUGACCACCCCUUCAUUAUUCUUGAUUGCAAGCUUUCCUGAACACCUCACAUUGAGUUCAGAAUCAAGAAAGCUUGUAUGGCCUUCGGGCAAUGCCGGCGUACUUUUGGUACAACUUGGGGUCUAAAACCCAAGUAUAUCAAAAGGAUUUACACAACUGUUGUUCAACCGAUAGUGAAACUGACUUCAGAGACCUGAAUCUUCAGGAUAUUCUGUUGUUCUUAACCCACUGUGGUAAAGAGCUAUAGGUUUUUUUUCGCUUUAUGCGUUAUUACAGUGCCCUUUUCAGGGCGCUGUUUGAACCCAUUGUGGUACGCUCAUGCGUUAGUAUCCUCUUCUAGGGUACUUUUCCUAUUUCCCUACCUGUUCUUAUCCCCAUCCUUAUCUUUAUUUCCUUCCUUUUCCCUCAGGUGGAUGAUGAAAUAGGCUAUUAUUUUGGCGAUGGCACAAAUGUCGCAAAUGGAGGAUAACGUGCCUCUGGAGCCGGCAUUCUUAUACCUGAUACCGGGUCAAUUUUUACCGUAUGUUGGGUCACUGUUGGAUUAACAUCGAACAACUGUUGGGUCUAUGUUGGGUGUGGUGGAAAGAAUAAAAACUGGUCAAAUAUAGGUUAAUGUCGGGUUUGACGUCAUCAAUUAUGGUAAAAGCACAAAACAAUUGUUGGUCGCACAUUAUGCUUCCUAGCUGGGGCUCAAUUGAUAUUCCGAUGGUAAAUGGGAAAAUGAGAGGUUGCCUAUCUCAAUUUCAGCUGAAAAUGACAUUCGCAACACUGCAGGAGGGGGGGGGGGUUAAUCCCCCCUCCACACAAAUAUCCCCUUAACUCCACUCACUACUUCAAACCAACCUUAUACCUAAAUACUCCAACUAUUCUGAACACAAUCAAACUGCAUUUAGGUAACGUUAUCUACAUGAAGGGACUUAAAUAGAUUUUAACUACAACAUGGAUCCUACCUAAAUGGAGGUCCCAAGGUACUUUUUAAAAGUGUAACAUAUUGCAGGUUAAGGUUAAGGUAAAAAAAAACAAUAUCUUUUUAAAUCGUGGCUAGAAUCGAAUGACUUCUAUGCAAACAUGUAGAUUAAGCCAUUUUGAGAAACUGUGUCGAAGACGGGAAAAUUUUAUGUCCAAAACUAACAAAGCUUAGUAAGUGCUUUUUCGUUCUAAUGUUUUUGUUUCAAUUUUCUAGGGUUUACAAUGUUUAGCAAAAUUGUAGAUACUGUAAAAAUGCAUGUCUUUUCUGAAGACUGUAAAAUUCUAUCUCAUCAUCCAAAGGUAGUACGGCCAUUUUUCCACUUUUUGGUACAAAUCAAGUCUUGCAACUUUAAAAGUUGCAGAUACUAGCAGCUAAUUUUUUGCAUCACUCAAACACUCAUACUCAUACACUAUCGAAGCACAUAAGAAACAUAGCGGGAUCGCGCGGUAUUCUUGAAUUUUCAAAUAAACAAAAACCUCUUUAAAUCGUUUUUUUUUUCAGCGUUACUUUCUUGAUAUAUUUUUUGGAUAUGUUUGAUGUUCUGCAAAGUUGUAUAGGCUUCAUAAAUACAUGUUUUGAAGAAGAUUGCAAACGACGCACUCUUUUAUUAGGAGCCUUUACUAUCAAAUUUAAGAGAUAGAGCAAUACUGUCUUCCGCAAAAAUAUGGAUUUUUGAAACCUGUAUGAGUAACUGUUUGAGUUAGGGUGCAUGUACCAGUUAUCGCACUACCUAAGAAAAGCUAUUUCUACAAAAAAAAAAAGAAGAAGACCGACGAAUGUCACCGAUAUGUCAAAUAAUUGAUUAGUUUUCAUACUUUACAGGAAAAAUAUAAAAAUGGAGCCAAAACUACUUUAAGUGUUUAUUACGGCGUGUGCCAAUAAUAAAACCCUGUACCAGUUAUGGACACAUUCGUUAAUUUGGGUUCCACUUCGCACUAUUUACAUGCAUUCCUUAUGGGAUUAGCCAUAACGGGUACACUAUGACAAAAUAGGGUGCAAGGGAACCGAAAAGUUAAGAAAAGUAAUUUAUUUCUAUCCUAAUUUGAGCAAACUGUGAAGUUUGAAUUAUUGCAACCAUCUUUUGUAAACGUGAUCUGUUGUUCACGAUUUUUUUCUUGUUGAUUUGUAUCAUCAAUGGUUGAAAAUCAACUAUGGCGAAUUUGAGGUACUAUAGCCACAACUGGUACACUGAGCCUAUGUACAGUGUGCACUUUUGCCUAGGAUUACUCUAUGAAGCCACAUCGCUGGGGUAGAACAUUUUUCAUUUGUAUUUCUCAUUUGUCCUUCUCGCACAUUCUUCGAUCAUUAUCUGCCAUUCAUAAACAAAAUCUACCCGCCAUGUAGAUCUGCUGGGUAUGCGUUUGUUGCUGCUUUUGUGCCAGCAAACGGGUAGGAGAGGAGAUCUUCUACCUAACACCAGAAAAAGAUUCAAACUUCGACGAAAAGGAUCAGUUAUCGCCGGACCUCAGCGUAUUCAAAGUGUGCAAGUCGGAAACCAGUAGUGCUACAGUGUGUUUAUAGACGAUUGGGCUUGGUCAAGAAUUGAACACAGCAGGAUAAUUAAGAUAAACAAUCAUGAUAACGGAUCGCGGCCACCGUCCAAGAUUUUUUCGGGCUAUCCACAAUCCGUACAGUGAACGAACCAUCAGCAAUCAACAAAUUGACGCUCCAGUGCACCAAGAGGAUGUGGUUAGUUCAACCUUGAAACAGUGCAAGAAGCUGACAAACACAACCAAAGAUCAAUACAUAAAACUAAGAAACUCUGGCGCCAAUGGCUUACCGUAUUCUGCCAAGCUUUUGUGGGGAGAUGCCAUUUGGAAACUGCACGGAGAGGGAUGUUUGGUCACCAUCGGAUCUGACUACGUUGCGCAGGUAUCCAUCGAGAGCAUCCCUGAGCUGAACGAUGCAAGUGAUUUUGAAGCCUCGAAGGAAUUACUCUUGGCACAUCUGAAAACGGUCAAUGUGCUGUUCGAUCAGCUGAACAAAGAAACGACUGACAUUGUUGGAGUAAUUGAAUCUCUGCUACAUGACCUAGCCACCGACUGUGCAACGUACCCAAAUAGUGUAAAAUGUUUACUGGAAUUUUGGAGAAUCGCUAAUAAGUAUAAUUUCAAAAUAUCUGUCAGGUUUUCGGAAGAACUCGACAUGAGUGAAGUCAUACAACAUAACCAACUAAAGACAGCUAUAAAAGAAUACGUUCAAAAACAUCAGAAACUGCAAGAACGAAAUCUGUUUCAAAAAAGCAAGAGUUGGAUUCAAGGCUUCUCAAAAAAGAACAACUUCUUGGAGGAAUUUUUAAAAUCCGCAAUCAAGAAUCAUGCAGUAGCUGUACUAGAAAUAUGCCCAUUACAACUUAAACAAAGUAUAUCGAUAUUGAAACCGCCACGUAGCUUGCUGCUGGGUGGAAAUGAUGUCAAACUGUUCAGUGAUUUAGAAUGUGUCCUAAAUGAAAGUGUUUUCAAAGAGGUGUUGCCAAAAAUUCAAGCGAAAUUCAUCAAACGGGUCAAUGACAUCAAACUCACCGAAUGCUAUCAAUUUCAUCCUCUCGUGAACACUGUUUACUUCCACGUCUGCAAAAGCAUGUUGGAAAUUGCUAAUCUAGUCCAAACAGAACUCAGCGUCCAAAAACCGUUAACGUACGAAAACGAAUGGAUGGUGACGAACAUAGAAAGUAGUGAAGGUGCAACGCUGUUAACUAAAAGUUAUGUAACUCAGCUUCAAAAGCUUGUUGAAAUUGCAAACCAUCUUGAACCAGGAAAACUCACCGUUGGAGAAAAUUUCCCCUAUGAGCUGCAGAUCAAACUCUUCAAGUCUUCAAAAUCCAUUCAUAAAAAUCUACGUAUAUGGCUCUGUUUGGUAGAUGCAACAAUGAUGAAAAUAUGCCAAGGAAAAACUGAGCGAAUUGAAGCGUACUCGGUCGUACUACAGAGGUUCGUGAAGUUUGUGUCAUCUAAAGAAACAAGAAGCGAAUCACAGGAAUCACUACGCUUAGUUGCCCACAACACGUUGGACUUUGUAGCACAUGUCGAACAAUCCGGACUAGGAAACAAUACAGUAGACACGGAGAUUCUUCAAAAACAAAUAUCUCUCAUGGGACCAGUAUUUCCCAGCGACUCCUCGGCAUUCUCUCGGUAUCGAGACAUCUUGGAUGUGUUCAAAAACUAUUGGCAACGCUUCAAUGAAGUUCUUCCCAAACUGGCAAACAAAUUGGAAGGCGACCAUCUGAAGCCACAGGUCGACGAGAUCAGAACCAGUCUUACGAAUAUCGUCUCACAAGUAUUGAACAAAAAUGCGCAGUCCGAAGAUGUGAUCGAAUUCUUCCGAGCAUACAACGAUCUCUUCACGGACUUGGAAGAUUUGACCUUUGAAUGGUACGUGCGUAUUCCAAACCGGGAAAUUAAGGAACAGCUACUGCAAAACACGAUCAUCAAGAGAGUCGAGAACAGCCUCAGCAAUACUGACAAUGAGUGCUACCAGGUCCAAAAAGAUCUGAUCGAUGAGUUCAUAAAAAUAUUUGCAGCAAAUGAAAUUCCUAAGUACUAUCCAGUUGAAAUUGUGAAAACUUUGCUGAUUUAUAUCAAUGAAACAGGACAAAAACAAGCAUGGAUCAAUGGGCAACCAUUGUCUGAUAAAUGUCAGUUAGCUGUCACAGUCCUCUUGAUCAAUGCCGUCAGAAGCUCUCUUCUAUAUCUCAAGGAACAACCCGACUACAUCGACUUUGAAACGUUUCUGAAAGAGACUAUACAACCUUUCAGCUGUGUAAUCAAUCAAAGCGAUUCCCUUGAAGAUUUCACCAAACGUGUAGAGCUAAUCAAGGAAUCCUUCUGGUAUAUCCGCAAUCAGAACUCCAUCGGAAUCGACAAGGCCUUGCAGCUAUUCACACCACACAAUGAAAAUGUCAAUGAAGAGCUUUUGAAAUCGUCUUUUGUGCGAUAUCAUGAUCAGUUCCUUAAAUAUAUGGCGGAGAACAGCGUGUUGAACAGCACCGAAAAAAUCGAAAAUAUUGUGCAGGAUGUCCGUACCAAAGUUAAACCAAUGCUCAGCUCUGAAUGGACUACAGAGUUCAAGCAAACAGUUCUUCCGGAAAUUCUCGCAGGAUUGGGAUCCGUGUGGUCAAUCAUGAUUUCGAAGGACGUGGCCAGUUCUGGAAAGUAUCUGCAACCACACUCGAUACAAAUUCUCAGCAUUUUGAGGUUACUGAGUGUUGAUAGAGAAACAACCGGCGUCGAGAAACACCUGGCGCAGAUAUUGACCGGUCAGGGUAAAUCAUUGGUGCUGGGACUGUCAGCUGCUCUACUGGCCUUGUUCAAUCACGAUGUUGUGGUCGUUUGCUACAGCAAAUAUUUAGCAAGCCGCGAUUUCAACGACUUCAAAGGCUUGUUUCAAAACUUUGCCGUCAAUUCCAAAAUAUAUUACCAAACAUUCGGAGAUGUGGCUUGGAAUGAAAUGCAUAAUCUGUACGAGAAAGCCACCAAAUACGUGAGCAAAUGUAUUGGGAUUCCCGAUAACAAACAAAAACAUACAAGUUUUGCUUCAAACUUGGAAAAUACUGUACUGCUGAUCGAUGAGGUAGAUGUUUUCUUCUUGGACAAAUUCUACGGCAGUACUUACAACCCCUUGUUCCUACCAAUAAUUCACGGACUAGGAAAAGUUCAGCAACAAAUUUGGAAAUUUGUGCAGCAACCUGGCUGCGACGUAAAACACGAAAUCGACACAUUCAUGCGACAUUCCAAUGAGCCUGAUAUUAUUCAGCUCAAGUCUCUUUUGCAACGAUCAAGACAGUAUACUUUGAUUGACAUGGACAAAGAAGCUACAGAAGUUCAACAAACAAAUAUGUCGUUAUUUUCGGAGCAUCUAGAGGCAAUGAUUAAUACUGCAAAAGCUGUAAAUGAACUAGCCCUCAAUGAUGAUUUGAUUCGCAGCUUCAGACUAGAUUCUGAUGGUAACAUUACGCAUAAAGAUGAACUUGGUGUAUUUAGGCCAACUACUUUAAAAGGUUACUACAACGCAUUCAUGUAUUUCAAACUACGGGAAAACAACUUCGUACAAAGCGCCAAUGGAGUGAACAACUUUGGAUAUCUUUUAGUAAAAACUGCUUCAUAUUCAUACUCCAAGAUCCCGGAAAAAUUCCCAUUAAUCUUGGGAGUCACCGGUACUCUGAGUGAGUUGAAUGCCUUCGAGAAAGACGCCAUUGAAAACCAUUACAAAAUUUCGCAGAGUUCCCUCAUGCCUUCAUUUUUCGGUAAUUCCAAUCUAAAGUUUAACCCGAUUCACGAUUUUCAAUGCCACAAUUCCUUAAUCGAGUGGAGACAAGUGAUCUUUAGUCGAAUCAACGCAAUCAUCAACGCUCAGAGGGCCGUUAUCGUGUUUUUCGAUAGUGAAAGUGAAAUUGCCGACUUCAGGAAAGAUUUUCAAUCACAGCUGGAUCGACUGAACGAAAUCACAAUCAAUACAGAGGCCAAAACCCGAGAUCGAUUCAUUGCGGAAGCGGGCCUGAGUCGAACUGUUACCCUGGCGACUCGCGAGAUGGGACGCGGCGUGGAUUACAAGUCCUCGCUGUCAGUGGAGAAAAACGGUGGAAUCCAUGUCAUCCAGACGUUCUUUUCGCUAGACGAUAAGGAGGAAACACAAAUCAAGGGACGCACGGCCCGAAAGGACAAUCGGGGAAGUUAUGAACUGAUCGUGUGUCAGACACAUCUCGCGUCGCUCAAACUGACAAAUUUGGUUGACAAAGUCGAUACGAUUAGCUAUGCACGGCUAUUGGACUCCAGAAAGAAUCGAACUAGCAAAAAGAGUACUUCUAAGAUACAGAAACUCAAUAAGGCGAAUGAACUGCACGAAAAAUCCAAUGAAUUUUACAGAAAUAUAGAUAUAAAUGUUUGAAAAAUAAUUCUGCUGUGUAAACAAUGAUUAAAAAAAACAAAUUCCCCUUUCAAUAAAGAAUUGUUCCCAUACUGUA